AUGUCCACCUACGCGUACUUCGCGAAAGCUGGCGAUCGGGCGGAUAAAAGCCAGUAUGAAGUCGCAAUCGCCAUGUACGAGCCGCGUGCUGCCGACUACGAUGAUUCCUGGCACCCGGACUACACGCGGAGGUUGAUGGACCUCGUUGGCGUGCAUCCGCGCGACAGAAUCCUGUCGCUGGCUUGCGGCACUGGACUCGAGAUAUUCCACGCCGCCCCAACCAUCGCCGAUGACGGUGCCAUUAUCGGCAUCGAUGCCACCAAAGCCAUGCUCCAAGUUGCUCAGCGCAAACUGGACGCGCAUCCUUCGUUACAUCGCCGCGUACGGCUUAUCCAACAUGACAUCACGGACCUGGAGUCUUGCUCAGCUCUGGAGAAGCGCCCCUUUGACCUGAUCGUAUGCUCCAACGCGUUCGUGCUUCUCGAGGACAGGGAUGCGACCAUCGCACACUGGGCAGAGUAUCUCAAGCCCAACGGGCGCCUCGUGAUCGACAUCCCCGGCGAGCAGAGCAUCCCGGAAGGAACCAUCAUCGAAAACAUCUGCAAGAAAUUAGGGAUCAAGUUCGCGUCGGAUCGCUCUUGGAUCCGCUCGAUAGACUCAUUUCGGGCAGUUUUGGAGUCGCAGGGCUUUGAUGUCAAGACCGCGACCGUGCUCGAGAAGCGAUCUGGUAAGGACGUCAAGCUUCUCGACGCAGGGCAGCUCGAGAGCCAAUUCGAAAAGGUUGUGCAAACAGCGGUAGAAAAUAAGUUGGUGCCGCCUGACUUCUACGACAAGACAAAGCCGUUAUUCAUAGAAGAAUGGAACAAAAUGGCGGUGGACAACAAGGUCAGGGUGUGCGAGAGCCUAUACGUGUAUAUUGCUGAGAAAAGGGCGUGA